AUGUCUUUCGCGGAGUAUGGCUCGAGUAUAUUUUUUAUGGGUAAAAUUAAAAAACCAUUUGAUCAAGGAGAUGGAUUGUCUAAUAAUAAUAAUGACAAGUACUUUGGAUGUAAAUUGAAAAUGAUUGAUUCUUGUAAUGAUUUUCGUGCUUGGAGUCCUGACCCUUUUGAAAAUUUUAAAUAUUUUCGUGAAAUUACUGAAAAUGGCGAUUUAAAAUCUAAAGACGUACCAGAUCUAUCAGGAAUAAAUGUCGUAGUUGAUGUUGAUACAGAAAAAGAAUUAGAAUUAUUGAGACAUGAAUUAGCUAAAUAUAAAGCACUUAAAUUAACGCCUGAACAAAAAAAACAAUUAGGAGAAAUGAAUUUUGGCGAAGCAUUUUCCAAAGGCGACUGGAAUAUCGGUGAUUUUAUUCUGGGCACAUUAGAAAAACUAACAAAUUACAAAGAAUCGAUACUGGGAACAAGCCCAACUAAAAUAAAAGAAAUAGAUAAAAAUUUACAAUCACCUCGUUCGAAGCCAAUUGCACGUAAGAAUAAAAAAAUAAAAAAUAUAGAACGUAAAGUGAGCACCGAUAUUUCCGGUUCUAUUCCCAAAGAUUCUACUAGCGAGUGCAGCUCCAGUUCUCAAAUCGGACUCGUUGAAUGUCAAAGUGAUUCGAGUUCUGGAUCCAGCCAGAAUAAUUACAAUUACAAAGUAAAUAAAAUAAAAGCUAAUCGUAAUCGCCGUAAUGUUAAUGACAAUUAUAAUUACAAGAGCGAUGAAAGUGAAACUGCAUCUGUCGAUUCAAAUAAAUCCUACAUAAUUAAAUCCGAAUCGAUAAUUAUUUCAUUAGAAAAUGAACUAAAGACGAAAGAAUCUGAAUUAGAUGAACUGAAAAGUUUGAAUCACGAUUUAAAAUAUUCACUGCAGAAUCGCGAUGCGCAGAUUAAAAAUUUGAAAGAAAAUUUCACAAAAACCCAAAUGAAUUUACAAAAUAUAAUUGACCAACGUAACAAUGAACUGGACCAAUGGCGGCAGAAAUCAGAGAGCAGUAAAAUUUUAAUAAAUCAAAUAAAUCGUAAAUUAGAAGAAAGGAGGCAAGAAUGUUACGUAUUGAUGCAGGAAAUAAAUAAUUUGAAACAAGAUGCUAAUUUACAAGCAUUGCGCACAGAACGCGAUUCUUUGGCUAAAAAAUUGGAAGAAAUAGGAAAACUAGUAAAAGAUGCAGGAAAUUAUGGAUCUGGUGUAGAAGGAAUGAAAGCGUUGAUCCGAGAACGAAAUGAAUUGAUUGAAUUGAAACGACAUUUCGAGGUUCACUGCAGCGACCAGGAAUACGAAAUCGAUCGGCUUAAUAAAUUAAUAAACCAUAUCAAGGAAGACCACGAGUCCCAGCGAAUUGAAAUGUCACGAGUAACUGAAGAGCUGGAGGAAGAGUUGAGGAUUAAAUCCGAUAAAAUUUAUUACUGUGAAGAGCAAAUUAAUCAUUACAAGAAUCACAUGAUGGAGUUGAAACAUGAAUUAGAGGAAAGUAAUCAGGCUAGAGAAAGAGAGUCGAUUGCCGAUAGAGAUCUUGACAGUACACUGGCCCAGUAUUUGAAAAAAUCCAGUGAACAAAUUGAUCAGUUGUCUACUGCACUCCAUGGCGCGGGUAAUGAUGUUGAGAAAAAUAAAAUGGAAAUAGAUUAUCUGAAAAAACAGAUAUCGAAAAGUGUACAGGAAAAAUUAGAUAAUGAAAAAAAUUUUUCAUCUAAAUUGGAGCAGUGCCAGCAGACAAUUAAAACUCAGAUAAAUGAAAUUGAAAAAUUACGUAAAUAUAAUUGUAAAUUAAGUAAAGACGUCCAGCAUAACGAUAACUUGAAGUAUGAGCUCAAUGAAAUGACUUCCAGAGUCGCUUCAAUGCAGAAGGAACAUUCAAAUCUGAUGAACGAACUGGAACAUUUGAAAGAGUGUCUGGAAGCAAAAAACUUAGAAGUCGUUACUCUGGAAGAGGAGAAAGAAAAUUUGAAAAGAAGAAUCGAUUGUAUACUCAGGGAGCUAGAGGAUAAGAACAAUAAGAUUAGUGUAUUGGAACGCACGAACUUUGAUAUUCACAAAAAAUUAUAUGACACUGAGAAAAAUGUUAAGGCGGUGUCGGAUGAAUUGCAGUCGAUGAAAUAUGAAGACAAAAAAAUAUUACAGAUUACGAUGUUGCAGCGAGAUUUGGAAAAAGGUUGCAAGGAAAAACGAAAACUGGAGGAUGCGGUCAGCAGUUUACGUAAAGAAUAUGAUUCUUGUUGCAAUUUAAAUAAACGUCUUAAUGAUAGUUUAAUGAAUAAAUCGAAUCAAAUAUUAAUUAUAAAACGAGAUAUUAAACGGCUGACUAGUGAUUUUACUGAUAAUAUUUAUUUCGAUGGUAGUAUUAUUAAAUUACCAGAUAAAUUACAUGAGAGCUUGAGUAUUUUGAAGCAGCACAUUGAGGCUGAUAACUCCAAUGAAAAAGGCUCCACUGAUUUAAAUGACAAUGAUUAUGAUAAUUUAAAAGAUAAAAUAGAUAAUAUUACUAAGACAUUUAAUCAUUCAGAUAAUGAUCAGUCAAUAAAAUCAAUGACAAGCGAAAAUAAAGAUUUAGCAGCCAUGAGUGCCGAUCGCGCGAUCCUCCAAGAGUUCAAACAAAAUUCCGAAGCGGCAUUCAAAUUAUUUAACAAAAAUCACACCAGUUGUGUAUCAAAAAAAUUUGACACACGAUUUUUUGACAACGAAAGUGGAUUUAUAAGCGACGCUAAUGAUUCAUCAGUAAAAUCACCCAAUGACAAUAAUUAUCAUCCAUUUGAUAGCAUUCCAACUUAUUUAAAUAAAAUAAAAUCACAUUCACCCAAGCAUACCGAUUUUAAUAAUGACUUUAAACCCGACAAUGAUGAUCACAAAAAUAAACAUGAUGACAAUCGGCACAACGUUUUUUCUAAAUACCACAGCGAUAAAUCACGCCAAAGAAAUACUCAAUUUAUGCGGAAUUGCUGUGAACGUUCGAAUAAAAACUGAAAGUGGCUACCGUCAGUCAAAAUAAAAAAUUAUCUAAUAAAAAAAACAAGAAAAAUUACAAGUUAAAUUAUAAAGUAAUUUUGUUAAUAAAAAUAAAUUAAAAACCCAU